GUGCCUCGUUUCCAAUUUCAUGGUCCCGACAAUCUCCUCGGGGAUCAAACAAUGGGUACCAAAUUUCUCGUUUACCGACCCUCGAAUGUGGACUCAGGCUCACCUCCCCUGUGCCGAUCAAUUAAUCCUCUUCCCAGCCUACUUCUACACGCUCCUUGACCUGCCGCCGACACUCACCACCAAGGGUGUCGUUCUGCCCUCUUAUGGGUCCGUGGCCCUGCCUCGGAACGGUCACAUAGACUUCAAUCUCAACCCUUCCAGUGAUUGCGAAGACAAACCCAGAGAUUCCGUGGCGAGAUUCAAACGACCGGACACUCAUUUCUGGUAUUUAUCGCACAACUGGCGCGAAAUUGACUCCUACGGAGCCCCCAUGAGGAUCAACAAGGCCAAACCCCAUCUGAAUCGCAUUCCAUGCACUUACGACGAGGUCAGAUUCCCACCAGACAGGAAUUUCGCGGUUGAUCUCCAGCUCGCACCCUGCUUAGAUCUGGCACAUAUGAAAUUGCGUGAUCAAUCCGUGAGUGCUGAGGAUUUUGACCACUUCCUGGCCACCGAAGUGGGUCAGAUGAUGUUCAAGAACACAGAAAUGCUCCUCGCCGAGCAUCGAGUGAUAUCAACAGUUGAUCUCACGGCAGAUCAGGCUCUCUGUCACACUUCCUUCGCCUACUGUGAGCCCAUCAUUUGCUACAAUGAGAAGAAGUUCUGUGAAGUGCCCCUUUGCCUGAAUCCCAUCAAACCCGUGUGGUUCUGCUGUGAGAUUUGCGGAGCCAUGAUUCUCAUUGAAAAGCCAGAUCACUUUGAUGGGAAGAAACUGCGUGGUUUGCUGGAACCAAACUUGAGGAGACUCGGAGAGUCUGAUGAGAUUGAUUACUUCUUAGGUUCCGUGGAAGUCAAUCAUAAAAUGUACUUUCAACUCGUGAUAACGGAUGUUGGUGAAUACGAUGAGAAGAGUACGAAACUCAUGAAAGCCCUGCAAGAUUCCAUAAUGCAUCCCUUUCAACGCGAGACGGCAAAUGUAUCCUUUUCCGGAAGACCUUAUAAGCCCAGCAAAGGAGGAUCUUUCUGGAAUUUUGUCUUCUUCCCACUCCUGUUCGUUCUGGCCAUGUUCUACAGCAUCUACUCAUACUACUACAGAGUGGAAGAUGGGAAACUCAAAGUCCUCACGUGGUCCAUUCCAGUGCGUGCGCCGCAGAGAUUGCGCUCCUUGUUCAGCUCCUGGAAUUCCCAGUUUAUUUUUGCACGCUUCGAAAACACUCGUGAAGAUUGCGAAAUAAGCGUGGCUGAGCUGCAAAUUCAACCAGGAUCUUCCUCUACCAACACAAGUAUAGCGCCAGGAGAGGAAAUUGAGUCGGAAAUUCAAGUUGCUGAAGAGGAAAAGGAUGAAAUUGUAGAAAAUUUGCUGCAAAUUGACUUGAAUGAGUAAUUCCACAAAUCACACUUGAAUCUCACUUG